CCCGCGUCGGCGCUGCCGUCCCUCCCUCGCGACGCCUCUUCCGCUCUCUUCUCCGACGGCUUCACGGCGACGCACGGCGCAGUCCCAGCCGCUGCGGGGAGCCGGGCCCUCUGGGCAAAGGCAGCUGGGCAUGCGAAGCAGCGGCCAAAGAGCCUGCCGCCCUGCUUACAGGGGGCUCCGGCUGCUGCCUGGACCACAAAGCGCCUGGGACACCAGGGCACUGGCCCCGACUUACAGGGGGGCCCUGGGCCCAAAGGCCUGCGGAGGCUCCUUCUCUCCGCUUCGGGGGGCACCUGACCCGCUCCCCGCUAACGGGGCGGUCGCCCCGCACAGGCUGCCAGCUGAGGGAGCGCAAAGGCUCCCAGACCCGGACCCUGCUUACAGGCGGGUCCACACCCAGGGAGCCACGGAGCUCGGCCUUCCCCCGCAGCAUCAAGUACCUGGCUCAAGGGCCAGGCACUGGGGCUCGUGGCCUAAGGCCCUGAGCUGGGCCCCGAGGGCAGGGAGGGCACACGCCCAGCCCCACGCCUGUGAGAGGCCGGGGGACCCCGCGGGACACCCGCCUGAUUACAGGGGGUCCCUCCAACCGCCCGCCGAGCAGGGGGGACGCACAAAGCCCCACUUAGGGGGCCGCCCCCCCGAGGCCCGGCACUCCCAACAACGGCCUCGCGGCCUAAGGCCGCCGGGGACAGGGCCCCCAGCCCCGAGGACGGGGGGAGGCCCACGCUGGCACGUCGCCAGCAGGACGGGCAGCCCCGCGGCGCGGGUGGCGGUGCCCGCGCCGCCACUAACGGGCUUCGCUCCGUCCUCGGGAACAAGGGGCAAGCCCCUCAGCACGCUGAGGCCCUUCUGGCCCGUGCGCAGCCCGGGGGCGAGCCUGAGGCUCUCCUCUCCUGCUCGGCGGCGGGGCUGGCUCCCCACGGGUUGGCGCACAGAGCCCCUCUUUCCCUCCUGGGAAGUCCAAGCUACGCUGCCUACAUCUCUACGGGGGCUACAGGAGGGACCAGCUCGCUCGCUCACUCACACCGACAAGACAAGCACACAAAGGGGGAACGUCCCAGAAGAGGGAGCAAGCUCUGUGCGCCGAGCCGUGGGGAGCCGGCCCUGCCGCCGAGCAGGACGGGAGAGCCUCGGGCUUGCCCCCGGGCUGCGCACGGGCCAGAAGGGCCUCAGCGCGCUGAGGGGCAAGGGACACGGGCUGUGA